AUGUCAUCUUCUGUUCGUAAAAGCAAGAAGAAAGCUGCCGAAGACAGCACCAGGGAAUCAGCCGGUUUCUCUCUAUUCAAGAAUAUGACGGAAGCGGAAGAAUCUGUCGAUUGGGUUAUUGAUAUUGACACCGACUACCCAGAAAGCCAUGGUCACGGCUUGUCUGUCCAUUGCAUUGAACAAGGGCUGCUUGUGGAGAAUGCGUCUGGUAAAGUCAAGGCCGAUACUCUGAAGAUCUAUCUCGAGAACUUUGUCGAUUUGAACGAUUACGAUCAUUACCAAGGCACCAUCGUUCUCAAGGGCGAAGGCUUCUUGAUCUCGAAGCCGUCGACUCCAUCCUACAUGUUGAACCAUCAUCAAGAUCUGCAUGCCCUAGAGAGCGAGUUCAAUCAGAACGUUGCUGAUGAGCAUUCAGCAUGGAUCACUGCCAUCAACAAGGACAAGUCUCGACAAACCAAGACGAUUCUACUCGUGAUGCCACAAGGUAUCACUGUCACCACUGACAUGAAGGGCCUCGAGCCGAAGGCACCUGAUGGCGACCUCUACUGCAAGCUCCAUCUUCGCGAGCUGCAGUGCGAGGAUAAGGUUGAAGAAAGGGCCGUCGAACAGCUCUUCUUUCCUGGCUUUUGGAACCUUCGCAUUAUUGAAGGAGCUACUGAGAUUGAAAAGGCUACGGAACAGAAGAAGAGUCUCCUCAGUGCUUUUGAAGAUGUGCCAAGCACUGCUGUUACUACUAGUGGUGGAGCCGAGCCUGUCAAGAGCAUUUGGGGACUCUUAUCUGCAUCGACCACAACGACACCACCUCGUCCUAGUCUUCCUCGUCCAAUCAAGGAAGAAUCGCCUUCUCCCAUCAAGCAAGAAACGCCUUCGCCUCCACGAAAGCCAGCACCAAAGCCAGCUUUGAAUCUCUUUGGAUCGCCAACCAAUGAGCCCAAGAGCAGCACUCCACCAUCAGGUUCCUUGCAGAGGACUCGCAAGAAUGCUUUCAAGCAAACUGUCAACAGCGAAGACCAACGCAGAGCUCGCGACGCAUCUCGAAGAAAGAGAGGCCAAAACAAGAGGAACACUGCAAUCAAUCGAGCUAGACGUCAACAGUUAGCUGACAGACUUGCAAUGAUGAAAGCACAGAACGAAGCUGAGCUUGCCGCCGCUAAAGAGAUUGCCGAAGGGAUGAAGAGUCAAGGAGGAGAUAGCGAGGGAAGCCAGCCCACUGCCCCAGAAGGCAAUGGCGAUGAUGAAGCUUUCUUCGAUUCUAUCGAGAAGGAAUUGACCAACGACGUCAAUACCAGCAUGAAUACCGUCUCGUCUGGUGGCUACGCCUCCACAAGUGGUGGUGUCUCUCCCUCUGUCUCUGUCACUAGCAAUGGAACGGUCAAGAAUGAAGGCUACAAGAGUGACGAGGAAUCCUUGGUUUCUAUUCAGUCGAAUGACUCUGUGUUUGACAGCAACUAG